AAGACCGAAAGCAAUUUUCCAAAAAUUUCAAAAGCAAUCACAAGGGAGAAGAAAGAAAGUGAUGCAGCCUCUAUGUGGGUAGGGUUGCAUUCGGUGAAGACCGAAAGCAUAUGAAUGAGGGAAGAGAAAGUGAAGUGUCGCAGCGAUUUCCAUGCUAGUAAAAGUGGGUUUGCUUUCUAAAUCUCCAACAAAUAUCAAAUAAACAAUUAAUAAACUGAAACCCAUCCGUAGACCUUGCAUGUUCUCUAUGCAAUUCAACCCUCACUAAAACAAAUAGUAAUAUUAGUUUAAUGUUCAAUUUUCAACAACAUAAUUGAUCCAUUUGUUUUGCUUCCUUCCUCAUGUCCUAGAUCCUGCACUGUCGCUCACUGUCACGCACUUCCACUUUUCUUUUGAAAAUUCCGUGUUUUCUCAAGAAAGUGGUGCAGAAGUUAAAAGUUGGGGGCUUUCAGCUACUUAAACCUUUCUGGAGAAAGUACAGAGUUUUCCCCACGAAAGUGAUCAAGAAGUUAAAAGUGGGAGCUUUUUCUUUGUUCUUGUGGUUGUUGCUUUUUUAUGAUUUGAGAAAUGGCAGAGCAAGUGUUAGUGAGACCAGGGAGGUCUUUGGCUGAGACUCCUACUUACUCUGUAGCUACAGUGAUUACUGUCUUGGUUUUCGUGUGCUUCAUCGUUGAACGCUCUAUCUACAGAUUUGGAAAGUGGUUGAAGAAGACUAGGAGGAAUGCUUUGUUUGCUUCUUUAGAGAAAAUCAAGGAAGAGUUGAUGCUGCUUGGGCUUAUAUCUUUGUUGUUGGCGCAAUGGGCAAGAUGGAUAUCUGAGAUUUGUGUAACUUCAUCUCUUUUCAGCAGUAAAUUCUAUCUCUGUUCAAAGGAGGAUUAUGACCUUGCUAAACAUGUCUUAUUUGAAAGUUCAUCAUCUUUUCUGAAUAAGACUGGUAUUCCUCCAAAAGGGAUAACAAUUUCAACGUCUCAUCAAUGUGGAGAGGGUCGCGAACCCUUUGUUUCAUUGGAGGGUCUUGUGCAGCUCCACCGGUUUUUGUUUGUUCUUGGUAUCACUCAUGUUCUUUAUAGCUUUUUGGCUGUUGGUCUGGCCAUGGGCAAGAUUUACAGUUGGAGGAAAUGGGAAAACCAGGCCAGCUUAGUGGCUGAUGGGAGUUUGCAAGCAAAGAAAAACAAGGUAAUGAGGCGACAGUCAACCUUUGUUUUCCACCACGCAUCUCAUCCGUGGAGCAGAAGUCGCAUUCUCAUUUGGAUGCUUUGCUUCCUGCGACAAUUUAAGAGUUCUAUAAAGAAAUCAGACUACUUGGCACUGCGAUUGGGUUUCAUCACUAAGCACGAAUUGCCACUUUCUUACAAUUUCCAUAAAUACAUGGUCCGGAGUAUGGAAGAUGAAUUUCAUGGCAUUUUGGGGAUUAGCUGGCCACUUUGGGUUUAUGCAAUAGUGUGCAUCUUCAUAAAUAUUCAUGGUUUAAAUAUCUACUUUUGGCUCUCUUUCAUCCCUGCCAUUCUUGUCAUGUUAGUUGGGACAAAACUUCAGCAUGUUGUUUCCACAUUAGCACUUGAAAUUGUGGAACAAACAGGUCCAUCUGUUGGGACUCAACUGAAGCCCCGGGAUGAUCUGUUUUGGUUUGGAAAACCUGAGAUACUGUUAAGGCUGAUACAGUUUAUCAUUUUUCAGAAUGCCUUCGAGAUGGCGACAUUCAUUUGGUCUUUGUGGGGAUUUAAGGAAAGAUUGUGCUUCAUGAAAAACCAUACGAUGGUAGUUAUUCGGCUAGCUUCUGGGAUUCUUGUUCAGUUCUGGUGUAGCUAUAGCACAGUGCCUCUGAACAUAAUUGUUACUCAGAUGGGAUCGCAGUGGAAGAAAGCCUUAGUUGCUGAGAGUGUGAGAGAAUCUCUUCACAGCUGGUGUAAGAGAGUGAAGGAAAGGUCUAAACGGCAAACUGCGCAUUCAGUGGCUACAAGAUCAGUCUGUUCACUUGAUACAACAAUUGAUGAAGGAGAUGAAAUUACAGUUGCAUCAGGCACUAUAUCUCGGUCAUCUUCAUUUGGCUCACUGAAUGAGGUAACCAUAGCACCUCCUGAACAAGCAGGAGACGCUGAAACUUCAAACCCUCACCACAUUGAUCUUUCUGCGCGGAUUGAAGAGUACUUAAAUGACAGUACAUCACAUCCUCCUAUCAUUGAAGAAGAUGAUAAUGCAGGCAUCAGAGAGGAACCAAAAGUUGAGACUCUAUUCGAAUUGUUUCAAAGGACUUGAGUAGAUUUUCAUAUGAACUCUAGUUUUUUUUUUUUUUCUUGGCUUAAUGGUGCCAUCUUCUGUAUGAAAACACGAAAGCUACGUCAAUUUUAGCUUAAAGCUAUACCUUAUUACCUCAGUUGAGAUGCUUCUUCCUACACUUAUGGAAGCUGUUCUUUAGUUUAAUACAGUAAUCUUGAUAAACCAAAAUCUUAAUGGUUAUCUAUACACAUAUAUUUUCCUUUGUUUUGUA